GCAAAGAAAUCAGUCAGAAGCAACAACAUAUAAUAUUGUUAAACUUUCCUAUUCUGUUAAGCCUGCGCUAGUCUGUCAUUACCAAUGCGACUACUAUUAUCCUUUAUCAUAGUACGCAUGCGAAAUUAACCUGGGGGAGACACUAACAGGUCACGUAAUUUCAAGUGUCUACCAGAGAUCAAGGAUUUCUUUAUCGGAGGGACAAUAUUAGAAGAAACAUGGCUGGAAUGUUUUUUGGUCUCCUGCUUACGUUCUCGACGACUCUGGCAGUGAGGCGUCAAUCAGUCGAUAAUCUAGAAGUCCCCUCAUUCUCUGCUGGGAGACUGGUCGCCCAUGUCAUCGCGCGGAAUAUUACCGACGCGUCCGGCCUUGCGGCCAGCCAGAAGUUUAAAAACGUCCUUUACACCCAUAACGAUGGCGCGGGCGGGCCCGAGAUCUUCGCUAUAAACGCAACGACCGGAGCGCUGAUUUCCACUCUGAAGAUCCGAAAUGCCACUAACCACGAUUGGGAGGACAUCGCCGUUGGUCCUUGUGGAGACGCUAGCUGUAUCUACAUCGCUGACUCUGGUUACAGACACUCCUCGUCCGCCAACACCAUCUACCGCGUGAUAGAGCCUGACGUCAUCAGUGUGGAUCAAGUUUUACCCAUAGAUUCAACAGCUCGAUACACGUGGGCAGAGGAUGAAUCCCAGACACUGAUGGUUGACAUCCAGGGAGAAGUAUACCUGAUUGGUAAUAUCUAUAGCGGGCGUGGAAUGGUCUCCCACCUUCCAACCAGCGCCUGGGGAAACCCUAACCCAGUCAACAUCGAUACCUCCCAAUUCCUACCCAUCCACACCCACCACCACGACCCCGUGUCAGGCGACAUCUCCGCGGAUGGGAGCAAAUUACUCAUUAAGUCUAAAUCCAACAUUUUCUUCUGGAAGAUCGAUAACAAUGACGUGUUGGCGUCACUUACUAAGCAGCCGGUGGAAGUUCCCUAUCAUAACGUAGGUUUGAGUGAGGCUGUCUGCUGGAGCGCUGACGGCCAGAAUUACUAUACUCUACCGGAGGGACACAAUCCGCCGCUCUAUCUGUAUUCUAGGAUGCAUAAUGGUGGUGCAGGUGUAGUUGGAAAAUAAAAUAUUUGUUUACGUGUU